AUGGAUGACAGUGGCAAGAUCAAACCGUACAUUGCGCACUUAGAUGCUCAACUUGCGAAGCUACGUCCAGAAAUUGCUAAGUUUACAGAAAAAUCACUCGAUGAGCAGCUUCUGUUGCUGAAAGAUGAUCGCGCCAAGCUAGACCUUUCCAAUCGGUACGCUUAUGUUUUGUCAUCUCUUCUCUUUGCAUACCUGAAGUUACAUGAUGUUAAAGACCUAGGCCCUGUGAAGCAGGAGUUAGGCCGUGUCAAGAAGUACAUGGACUUAGCUCGUCAACUUGACCAAAAAGAAGUUAAUCGCGAAAAGGCGGAAGAAGAAAGUCAGAAACGGGCGAAGAAUAUGAUUCGUUCAGCUCUGGAUGGCAGGUCUUCCGCACCUGCCAUUAGUAAAGUCCACUUCCAAGGAAAGCACACAAAAUUCUCGGACGAGCCAAAAGAGAGCAAAGAGGCUCCCCAACCGGAGAGCACAAUACCAAACAGUUCCAAAAAGCAAGGCAAGGUUUCUAAAAAGGCUACGAACUGA